AUGGCCCUUCCCCGUGACUCUAGCGCAUCCGAUAUCCUCGCUCUCACGAAGUUGGCAUGGAAUCUUUACCAUAACUGCUACCUUAUUAUUGUAGAUACCUCUGAAGGUUCUAAACAGCUAGUCAACGAACUGGCCUCUCUGCAAGGUGCCCUUAGAGUCCUCCGAGAUGACGUGAACUCGAACUCGUCUUUCUUCGAGAAUAGACAUAUGGGAGUGGGUGAUGGGACGCAAUUUUGGCAAAGGGACAAAUGGAUCACCCAACGGGAACAGAUAGAUGAUCUGAAUCAAAGAAACUUCCCUUCAACCCCCCAAACACUAUCCCAAGGGGAGCGUGUUCUCAGAACGCCGCCACUCACAGAAGAAGACGAAGAUAUCUCAACUGAGGUGCCUUUGCAUGUUGACCCAAGAGACAUACCUAUAAGGAUGAAUAGCCUACCGAACGCUGAUACCAGUGCUCGCAUCUCUGCUUCGGAGUCCAUUCUUUCCGGUAAAUCCGAAUGGUCAACAUCUACCGCCAACACAACUUCCACAUUCGUCUGCGACCACCUGAAACCUCUGGCGCAACUAGAGAUCUACCCUGCACUGCAGGAAGAAUCCUUUUCAGAUGAUCGGUCCGACCCCCUAGCACAAGUACAGGAACUAAAUAAUACGGCUGUCACAAAUAAGCUGCUUCGGCCACUAAGAUACGAGCCGCGCGAUAAGCUUCAUCAGCCAGAUCCAGAGCCUAAAAGAAAGUUUAAUGCUUUAGUGCAGGAUGAGUUGGCAAUUAAGCGGCUGAACAGAAGUGAUUGGCUGCAAGUUGCCGUUUGGUGGCUAUUGAAGAGGCUUGGGCCCCCGGGUCAUCAGGCCUAUGCUGAUCUAUCAUACAUCUUAUAUGACAUUGUUUUAACUAAUGCAAGCUCAAAUGUAAUUCCGACAAAUAGAAAAGCUCGAUCCUUUCAUCGUAAACUAAGCUUCGACCAGGGCAUAAAAGAGGAGUUAGCGCGGUUUACCUCUGUAGACGUCCCCGAAUACUCUGCUAUCCACUCUCAGAGCCUUAAAAUUUGGGAGCCUUUGCAGCCGGAAGAGGCUGUGGAGAAGGGAGACAAUUCUAUUAUCAGCCUGAGCAAUGUGCGCUGGGUUACUGUUGAUCUGGAGGACGCCGGGGACGAAGAAGAAAAGGUCUUUUAUCGAACAUUAGUGAAUGCUGGGAUUGGGAGCAAGAGGCUUCGUAUGCGAACGAAAGGUGCUCCGUAUAUGCUCCUUCUAUCUACAAGAGAGGGGGAGAGCGAACCAGAAAUACCAAUCUGCAAUCAGAGUGGCACAAUUUCUUUACAGCGAGACUGCCUCUAUUCUGGGUUCUCUGGUUUGAAAAUCUCAGAGCCUGUCCUUCUACGGUUCGACACCAGAAGUGUAUCCGUCUGCUUUCAACACAAGUCCGAUUUGCAAUAUUUUAUAAAUUUGCCGAAAGCAUACUUUGAUGUUGUAUGGCAGCGAGAGCCAAUGGAUUCUGGUCAGUUCGCUGAAACCAUCAUAUUCAAAAGCUCCGUCGAGAAGUUCGAGAAAUUGAAGGCGCACACAAUGAGAUCCAUGAAUCCACCAAUAUUCCACAAAUCCUGCGAAAUGCGCAUUUUGGAAAGAUCAUACGAGAGGCAUGGCAAUCUGUUCGGCUCAAAUGGUCAGGUACGUGCCAAGAAAGGUCAACGAAAACAGAUGGCAAUUUUCAUACUUUAUACUCUUAUGUGUAUGAUGAAAAUAGCCCAAACAUCGGACUCAGAUUUUGAGAAAGCUAUAUUAAGCAUCAGCUCUGGCUACGUCUAUAAUGUUGUAAAUUCGUCAGAGAAUCAAAAGCAGUACAAGGCCAUUUUGCUCAUUCUGUCUCGCUUGAACUGGAAGUAUGGUAGCAUUUACUACGUCUACCGCGACACGGACUACAUCUACCACCAUAGAGCUCUUCGCGUUCGCUUUCCCCGCAUAUUUUACACCGACUAUAUUUCGUCUCAUGUUGACAGGCUAUACCCGGUCGACCGCCCGGUGUCAUUUUCCCACUGUGAGAAGAAACCCUUCCUGCGCAGCUUUGUGGGUUCACUGGCCAAUGGGUACGAGCUCUUGUUAUCACGACGCGCCGUCUCCCUUGUGACCAAAGGUAAAAGCCUUCUCGGGCCCAGAAAGAGAGCGGCGAUCCAGCUGUCCUCACGGUGGGAUGAUCACAUCACCAAGAAUUUAAAUUAA